AAAACACUAUACGACUAAAACUCCUGGCACCAAUACUAUCUUCCCCGAAAAUACGAAAAACAGAUGAAGACCUUGGAGAUUAUUGCGUGUUUAUUGGCCAUUAUAAUGGUUGCUCACACUUACAGUUACUCACGCUCUCUACUAUUCCAGGAGAAUCUUAUUAAAUGUAGCAAAAAAUUGAACGAAAAAAUCAUACCUUCGGAAUCCAGUCACAAAUUGCUCCAUUGCGCAUUGAAAAACAUUGAAGUUUUUGACGAGGAUGGCUGGCUCAUAAAAGAAAAAAUGUAUCGAGUGAUAAUAGAUUCCAUCCCCAAUAAAAGAUUAGCACAAUCUUCAUUGCAUUUAUUCGCCAUAUGCUACACAUACGCUGACUCUCUGAGAAAUGUAUCUACCGCUUAUAAGACGAUGCAUGUCUUUAACUGCAGCAGUCCGAUUGUAUCUCACUUCAUGGUAGACCCGCAAUCAUAACUUCACUUCAUAUACUAUACAAAAGCACUUUUUAUUCUUCAACGGAUAUUCUGUAAAACUGUUUUUAAUAUCGUUUUGGUUAUUUAUCUAACUAUAUUAUCUAUGACAAAUUAGUGCCAUGACCAUACAAUUCAACAUUGUUUCUGUAAUAAUUGUAUAAAAUGUAGA